AUGGAUGAUGAGUACGACGUUGUUGUUUUAGGAACAGGUUUAAAAGAAUGUAUACUUAGCAGCCUAAUGUCUAUGGAAGGGAAAAAAGUCCUCCAUAUUGAUAAGAACAGUUACUACGGUGGUGAUAUCACAUCCGUAAAUAUUGACUCCCUGUUCCAGUACUUUAACGUUGAGACAGACAUUUCUAAGUAUCAUCGUGCUAAAGACUGGAAUGUUGAUCUGGUUUCGAAGUUUCUAAUGGCGAAUGGAAAAUUGGUUCAAAUCCUUGUUCAUACUGGCGUGACGCGAUACUUGGAGUUUAGAAGUGUAGAAGGAAGUUAUGUUUACCAUUCAGGUUGUGUCUACAAAGUACCAUGUAAUGAAAGUGAAGCACUUAGUACAAAACUAAUGGACCUUUUCGAAAAGCGUCGGUUCAGAAAGUUGUUGGUCUGGUCGAUGAAUGUUGAUGUAGAUAAUCCGUCUACAUGGAACUAUGUGUAUCCUCCACCAAUGGAUAUUAAAAAGGAUACUAUUUCUCACGCUUUUAGUAGUUUUAAUAUCAAUAAAGAAACUCAAAAUUUUAUAGGACAUGCAAUAUGUCUGUUCCAAGAUGAUUCAUACAAAGAAAGUGUCCCUGCUAUCGAGGUGAUAAGUCGUAUGCAACUGUAUAGCCAGUCAGUUUGUCGUUUCGGUAAAUCGCCAUAUCUCUAUCCCCUCUAUGGACUGGGGGAAUUGCCUCAAGCGUUUGCUCGCCUGUGCGCUGUGUAUGGUGGAACUUAUAUGCUCAAUAAACCGAUUGAUGAACUAGUGAUGGAAAAAGGAAGAGUUGUUGGAGUGAAAUCAGAUAAUAAAAUUGCAAAAUGUGGUAUGGUUAUUUGCGAUCCAAGUUACGUGCCCACUAUGGUGAAAAAAGUUGAUCAAGUUGUUCGCGCUAUCUGCAUUCUAACACAUCCUAUUGCGGAAGUACAGAACUCUCUAUCAACCCAAAUUAUUAUUCCUCAAAGUGAAGUUAGUCGAAAACAUGAUAUUUAUAUUUCAUGCGUAUCUCAUCAGCAUAAUGCCUGUCCUGAAAAUUUCUUUGUGGCACAUGUUGCAACAAUCGUUGAGACAUCUUCUCCAGAGAAAGAGCUCGAACCUGGUUUAGCACUUCUUGGAACCAUUGAGCAAGUGUUUUAUUCUGUACAGGAUCUUUUUGUGCCAACAGAUGAUGGUCGUGAAUCUCGGGUUUUCAUUUCGUCAAGCUAUGAUGCUUCUACACAUUUUGAGUCUACUUGUGCUGAUGUUUUAGAUUUAUAUGAACGUAUAGUUGGAAAACCGUUUGAACUUAGUAAAUUAAAAAGGUUGAAAUUUCAAUGUGAUAUGCUUUCUUUUUAA